AUGGCAUUGUUAAUCGAGCAUCUCGAGAAACGCAAUGUUGAGCUUCAACGUAUUAACAGCGAGGGUACGGCAUUAAUGGAGCAGACACUUAAAAGAAAAUACGUCAAUUGGUUUAAUGCAGCACUACUUCAACUUGAACACAUCGAGCCCGGAUCUCAAGAUGUAUUUGGUCCAUCAAUACUAGAGGGUCUUUCGCAAUUACGUACUCUUUAUUAUCACCAAUCAGCUUAA